AUGGCAUACUUGACGCUUAUAGAGAGAAUGGACGAGGAGGCGAAGAUAAUGAACAAGGAAGGGUAUAGGAGGGCUAAGAAAGAGGCAAAGUUAGCAGUUACAGCGGCUAAUACUGCAGUGUUUGGGCUUUUGUAUGAAGAACUUGGGGCCAAAGGCGGGGACAAGAAGCUAUACAGGCAAGCCAAGGUGAGAGAGAGGAAGACACAUGAUCUGGAUCAAGUUAAGUGUAUCAAAGAUGAGGAAGGUAGAGUUUUGAUGGAAGAGGAUCAUAUUAGACGAAGAUGGCAGACAUAUUUACCCAAAUUCCUGAACGAAGAGGGUGAUAGGGACAUUAUGCUGGGCAACUUGGAGCACUCCGAGAUGCACCAGAAUUUCAGGUAUUGUAGGCGCAUAAGAGUAGAGGAGGUCAGGGGGCCUAUGUGUAAGAUGCACAGGGGUAGAGCUACUAGGCCAGAUGAAAUACCUGUGAAAUUUUGGAAGAAUGAAAGGGUAGUUGAAGUGAUAGUGAGGACCAGUGUGUCCAUUUUUGAGAACCAGUUCGGUUUCAUGUCGGGGCGUUCGGCUAUGGAAGCAAUUUAUAUUGUAAGGAGAUUAGUGAAACAGUAUAGGGAGAUGAAGAAAGACUUGCACAUGGUGUUCAUUGGCCUAGAGAAAGCAUAUGACAAAGUACCAAGAGAGGUGCUCUGGCGAUGCUUGGAGGCUAAAGGAGUCCCAGUAGCCUAG